AUGUUGGGGCAGCUCCUCUUCCGGCAGCGGCAGCGCAAUGGCCUGGUUAGGGCAGCGCUGGAGAAGCUAGAGAAGGGCCCGGAGCUGGGACAGAGCCAGGAGCUCUGGGGUGGCCUGAAGCAGGCAGCCCCAGCCAUCCAGGCCUGCGUGGAGGCCUGCAACCUCAUUGCCCGUGCGCGGCGCCAGCAGAGUCACUUUGACAGCGGGAACAAGGAGUGGUUCCUGGUGGGCCGUGUCCUGGACCGCGUCUGCUUCCUGGCCAUGCUCUCGCUCUUCGUGUGUGGCACCGCAGGCAUCUUCCUCAUGGCCCACUAUAACCGGGAGUUCCGGGACAAAGCUGGGCAUGAUUCCGGGAGGUGUGGCAGAGCGGGGCCUUUGCACCAUCUGAGGCCCAGCUUGAAAGACGAUGACAGUGGGGACCACGAUCAGAAUGAAGAAAACAGCACACAGAAAGAUGGUGAGAAGGAAAAAGUGGAACGGGACAAGAGUCAGGGCAGCAGCAAGAGGAAGGCUGUCGUCCCUGGACCAGCAGAGCAUCCCCUGCAGUACAACUACACUUUCUGGUACUCCAGGAGGACCCCCGGCCGUCCCACGAGUUCACAGAGCUAUGAACAGAAUAUCAAACAGAUCGGCACCUUCGCCUCUGUGGAGCAGUUCUGGAGGUUUUAUAGCCACAUGGUUCGUCCCGGGGACCUGACAGGCCACAGUGACUUCCAUCUCUUCAAAGAAGGAAUUAAACCCAUGUGGGAGGACGAUGCAAAUAAAAAUGGUGGCAAGUGGAUUAUUCGGCUGCGGAAGGGCUUGGCCUCCCGUUGCUGGGAGAAUCUUAUCCUGGCCAUGUUGGGGGAACAGUUCAUGGUUGGGGAAGAGAUCUGUGGGGCUGUGGUCUCUGUCCGCUUUCAGGAGGACAUCAUUUCCAUCUGGAAUAAGACUGCCAGUGACCAAGCUACCACAGCCCGAAUCCGGGAUACGCUGCGGCGAGUGCUUAACCUACCUCCCAACACCAUUAUGGAAUACAAAACUCACACCGACAGCAUCAAGGCCUGGGAGGAGUUUCAUGGCCUGGUGAACAGCAGCGGCCGCUGAUCGGACGCUCCCCCUCUGUCUCUCACACUCAGGGGACAAUUCAAGCUUUCGAAAUACAAAAAUCACAUUGUGAAAGUACACAAGCUGGCAAUAACCCUUUUCUGUAUGUGUGUAUGUCCGAAAUGGAUGGGAGGCCUCCAGACAGUCCUUCCUCUGCUCGCUGAAGGGACAUCCCUGAGCCGUGGGCUCCCCUUUUGCACUCGCUCCUGGAGGACGGAUUCCACAAGACCCUUGAGCAUCGCUGACUUUGUAAAGCGGGAAAACGGAAAACGGGACUUUGUCAUAGACAAACACAGUUUUUUAUGGGGUUCUGUGGGAGAGGGCAGCCUCGCGUUGUACCGUGUGCUGUCCGGGUGCCUCUCGGGCGUCCUGCUUGCUCGGCCCAUGCACGUGGGGCAUCUGACGUGCAUACAGCCAGAGCUGUGACAAGAGCUGUCAGUAUUCCGAUGUCUGCAUCCAGGAGACGCUGUCAGCAAGUCCUGGAGCAGCUGUGAGGGCUCUGCUCUAGCUCUGCCAUUAAAUUAUUGGGACGCUUUGUUUCUUUCUCCGCCCUCUGCCCUGAGUCCCCCGUCUGGGGUUCGUACUGUCUCCUGCCUGCAUACCCCUCACCCCCAUCUUCCCCCGUGGACCCUCCUUUCAGGCACUGCUGCACUUAGAAUGUAACCGUGACCUGCUGGUGUCACUGGGGCCACUGGGGGUUUGCCCGGGUCCAUUAAAUGAGCAGGAUCCAGGUUGAUGUGCAGCUGGGUUGUAAUGGAAGUCCCAGGUGCAGGUUGUGGAGCUGAGCAGUAACCACAGGUACCGUCUGUGAGCGGGGCUUGUGUGUCAGGCCUGUCCCGGAGGCUCUUGCAAGCCCCUCACUGAGAAAGACCCAGAAGCUGCUUGUUGCCAGAUACUAACAGUCGCCGUGGUCGCUCGGUGACCCAGAACUCGGUCAGCUGGCUGACUUCAUUCACAUGGUGGUCCCUCUCCAGGGUAGUUGGAAAACACCCCUGCAAUUCUCGGUCCUCGUCCCUAGUAUGUGUGUUAGCAGGUGCAGGCUGACCCGUGGUCCCCAGCAGGAGCCUCUCGAAGCUACCACAGGCGUGCUUCGAGAAUGACCAGUUGUCAGAGAAGCUGAGAGACUGGACCCCAGAGGACUGCAGUAAGGUCCCGAGCUCCUGGGCUUCGAAUCAGUAACGCACAAGAGCCCUCCAGACAGCUCCCAGCCGCGCUGUCCUACUCUGCUCUUGUGAGCAAAGGUUGCAGUACCUUAAAUUAAGGCCUCUCUUGGGAACACGUCCUUGAAGGCUGGGGGGUCCUUGAGCACCUGGUUCAGAAAUGAGACGAGAGCAGUGUGUUUGCACCCCCUUUCCUGCUCCCCAACUCCAGGCACCUGCAGUGACCACUGGUUAAGGACGCUGCUGCCUGAAAGGACGGGUCCUGGGGCUGAAAGGUGACGUUAGCUCGGGAAAGGGCCUGGCAGUGAUGUGACUCCAGGAACACGAAGAGUGCUUCUGUGUGCAGAGUUGUGAGGGGCUCAGCAGGCCACGGGUGGGGCUCGGGGGCGCAGAGGCUGCCUGAGUGCUGAGACCCCAGGGACGUCAUGCUGGCCUAGGCUCAGACUUGCCGUGGAAACUCCAAAGAGCAGGCGUUUGGAUUUGCCGUGCUUUGGGUGUCUACCUGAGGGCGCAGGUGUGCACAGUGUGUGGGGGUGUUGUCAGACCUAGCAGGUGUAUUGUCCACAGUUUCACUUUUUUGUGUGGUCUCACUUGUCAGAUUCUUCUCUUAAGUUUUCUAGAGCUGCUCCUGUUUCCCCUUCUACUGUGUCAUAGUAGUAUUUGAUUUUUACUUUCUGCACCCAAAAUACGCUGCCUGUGCUGGUUAGAACGCAAGGCAAGGUCGGCGCCAUCGGGGCAUCUGGCCCCGGUGUUCUGCCUGGUCUGCUGCCUGCUGGCCCUAAGUGGGAGGUUGACCAGGCAACUGCCCAGGCCUCCCUGGCUGUCUGAACAGGCUCGAGAGGCCUCUUUGUUGGCUCCGACGCUGUGGGCCCGUGACACCUUACAAUUAUGGUGUCACCUGUUCUAGACACGGGACGACUGCUCAGAUGCCGGGGCACGUGCUGGGUGGCCCCUGGAGGACCAACUGGGUCUCCGUGUGCAGCCGCGUUCUCCAUUUCCUUUGAUUGGAUCCUCCUCAAAGCUGGCCCUGUACCUGCCCAGGGCUCUGCUCCUGUGUCCUGUUCAUGAGCGUUUGUUCCCCUGUGGCACUGGUAGGGCAAUAAUUUUGCACCUGGAGCUUGUGGUCCACGAUGCUCCAAGAAUGAAUUCCCGAGUGCUUGCCCGUGAAAAGCGGAGGCCGUGCCAGAGUGAGCUUGCGUUGCACUUUCAGAGCGAUUGUCUACUGCGGCAAUAAACGGAGGCGUCAGCAA